AUUUUUAUGUUCAAUUUUUCCAAUUUUUCAUCACCGGCGAGUCUACGUCGUCUACGAUUUUAUAUUCUUCACGUUAUAGAUGUUACUAAAUACAUUCGAUAACCUAGCGGUAUUUAAUUAUACACUAUCAAAGAACAGAUGGACAAUAUGUUACACUUUCAGUGUCUCUUAACCGUCUACGUGAGCAACCGUCCACAAUAAUUUAACUGACUGAUUUUCCUCGUUCACGGAAACAGCGAUAUUCAUGAGAGAAGAAUUACUGUCAAACGAAAAGAUGAAGCUACUGCUUUUGUUUUGUAUCAUCGGAAUCGGUAACGUUUUAUAUUGCACAGCACAUCCGGAAGCGGUAGCGCCAAUUGGAAAAAUCCGCGGCUCUGUUCUAACUUCAAGGCUCGGAAAGGAGAUUUAUUCCUUCCGUGGCGUGAGAUAUGCCGAGCCUCCCACAGGAGAACGACGUUUUCAGGUUGCCACUCCAGCAGCAGAUUGGAACGAUGUUUUCGAUGCCUCCGAAGAAGGUCCUGCAUGUCCAAAUGUGGAGCGUGUCGAGCCAAUAUCUGAAGAUUGCUUGCGUUUAAAUGUCUAUACUAAAAAACUGUCUUCGAAAAAUGAAAAUGUAUCAUUGCCAGUGUUGGUUUUCUUCCAUCCAGGCGGUUUCUACCAGUCUUCCGCUCAGAGCUUUAACUAUGGUCCCGAAUAUUUGCUGGACCACGAUAUCGUUUUGGUUACUGUAAAUUAUCGCCUUGCCACGUUAGGUUUUAUAGCAACGGGCGAUUCACUGGCUCCAGGAAAUCUAGGUUUGAAAGAUCAGGUAAUAGCGCUUCGUUGGAUUCAAAGGAACAUCGUUGCUUUCGGAGGAGAUCCAAACUCCGUGACCAUCAGCGGCUGCAGCGUCGGAGGGCUCAGUACUUUCUUGCACAUGUUAUCACCAAUGUCCAAAAAUCUAUUCCACAGGGUGAUCGAUAUGAGUGGCUCCCCCUUACUCACGGAACCUUAUCCAACCCACCAAAGAGAUAUCGCAGAAAAACAAGCGAAACUUUUGAAUUGUCCCAUUAACAACACCAAAGACAUGUUGGCUUGUCUCAGAUCAAAGCCUGUAGCCAACUUUACCAAGACUAUAUCUGAAUUCUUUGAAUGGUACGGAGAUCCAAUUGUGCUCUGGAAACCCGUCGUAGAACCGGAAGUUCCAGGAAUGGAACGAUUUCUACCAGCUCAACCCAUCGAUCUUAUUAGACAAGGAAAGUUUUAUCAAGUCCCAGCCAUAUUUGGAGUAACGAAAGAUGAACUUGGUGGGAUAGUCGUCACGUUCGAAAAUGUCACCAGAAACAAUGGCAACAUAUAUCGCAAUAUGAACGAGAAUUGGUAUCGCGUAGCACCGAUUAGUUUCAUAUACGAACGUAACACGCCAAGAUCGAAAAAUAUUAGUACAGAAUUGCGGAAGUUUUAUUUGAAUGACGAACCACUCUGUUCGUCUAACAGAAAUGGUCUUGCUCAUCUCUAUGCGGACAGCGUAAUUAUAUUUUCACAAUAUCGUGGGGCGAAGUUAAUAGCUGAAAACUCCAAAGCUCCGGUGUAUCUUUAUAAAUUUACUUAUCAAGGCCGUUAUAGCUUUACAAUGUGGAACGCUACGACACCCUAUGGCGUCGAACAUCAAGAUGAUUUGCAAUACUUAUACUACAUAAAGAGUAACUUUCCAUAUUUUAAUAAGACUGCACCUGAGAUUCCUAUGGUGGAACUGUAUACAUCUAUGUGGUCCAGCUUCGUACAAACUGGCCAACCCAUUCCAAAUGGUAGGAAUAUAACGUGGAACAGGUUUGAAAGCGAGAAAAGUAACUACUUGGAUAUCAACUUGAAUCCUACCAUGAAGACUGGUUUCUAUCCCGAUAGAAUGCAAGAAUGGGAAAAAUUAUUUCCUCUAUCCGCUGCAUCACAAAGCAAAGCAACAUAUAUAGCGAUACUAAGUUAUAAUGAACGUGACAUAGCUGCGAGUUCUAAGAUGAGAAACGUUCUGGUAUUUCUUGUUUGUGUCACCAGCCUCGCUGUCGCUCAACAGUCGAUCACUGAACAACCGUUGGUCACUGCUCCAAUUGGGAAAAUUCGUGGUUCUAUUUUGACCUCUAGACUCGGAAGAGAAAUUUAUUCGUUCCGUGGUAUAAGAUAUGGCGAACCACCUGUUGGAUCCCAACGUUUCCAGCCUCCAAUCCCAGCGAAAGAUUGGCAAAACGUUUUCGACGCAACCGAAGAAGGACCCAGUUGUCCCCAUGCUAAUGGCAUACAACAAUCAGAAGAUUGUCUACGUCUAAACGUGUACACCACCAAACUACCCUGUAGAAACGAAGAUGUAUCGAGACCAGUAAUGAUCUUCAUACAUCCAGGUGGCUUUAACGGUUUCUCAGGACAAAGUAUAAACUUCGGGCCACAGUAUCUGUUGGAUAAAGAUAUCGUUUUGGUUACAAUUAAUUAUCGUCUCGGGACGUUAGGUUUCUUGAAUACUGGUGACAGUGCAGCACCAGGUAACAUGGGUCUAAAGGACCAAGUCGCAGCUUUUCAUUGGGUGCAAAGAAACAUAGCUGCUUUUGGUGGCAAUCCAAACUCCGUCACUCUAUGCGGUUAUAGCGCAGGAAGUUUCAGUAUUAUGUUGCAUUUGGUAUCUCCAAUGUCUCGCAAUCUUUUUCACAGAGCUAUCGCGAUGAGUUCUUCGGCUAUAAAACUAAACGUUUAUUCCGGAAUAUCGCAACAUGGACAAAUGCAGCUAGCUCAAAGACAGGCACGAUUAUUGGAUUGCCCUACUGAUUCGACCAGUGCUAUGGUGCGCUGUUUCCGCUCAAAACCUACAGAAAACUUUACAGACACAUUACGCGACUUAUAUGAUUGGCGUGGAAAUCCCAUUGUGCUCUGGUCACCAGCUGUGGAACCGGCGGUUCCUGGUGUCGAAAGGUUCCUGUCUGAACAGCCGUACGACGCGAUAAAGCAAGGAAGAUUCUAUCAAGUUCCUUUAAUGAUGGGAGUUACGGAAGACGAAUUUGGCGGUAUAGCUGCUUUGUAUGAAAAUGCCACAUUAAGAAGUAAUUCUCUGUACCCUGAGUUGAACGAUAAUUGGAAUACUCUGGCUCCGAUCAUAUUUAUGUACGAACGUAAUACGUCGCGAUCGAAUUACAUUAGUAGGGAAUUACGGAAAUUCUAUUUCAACGAUCAGCCUCUUAGCUCGGCUAGCUACAGAAAGCUCGGUGAUAUAUAUGGUGAUGCUAUAACUAAAUUUCCUAUGUACCGGGCAAUCAAGUUAUUCGCUACGUAUUCGAAAUUGCCGGUAUACUUCUAUAAAUUUUCGUUCCAAGGACGAUACAGCUUUUAUAUGUUGAACGCCACUACACCAUAUGGUGUUUGUCAUCAUGACGAUCUGCAGUAUCUUUUCUUCAUAAAGAGCCGUUUCCCAUACUUCAACAGCGACGCACCAGAGAUCCCUAUGGUGGAAAUUUCUACUAGCAUAUGGUCGAAUUUCGUUAUAAAUGGCGAACCUAUUCCUAAACACGAUAGUCAACUGAGGAAUGUAAGGUGGGACAAAUUUGUACCCGAGCAAAACAAUUUCUUAGAGUUGAAUCUUCAUCCAUCGAUGAAAACGGAGUUCUUCCCUGAAAGAAUGCGAGAAUGGGAAAGAUUGUUUCCUGAACCAUCAGUCCGAAGUACAGUGAAACAUUAAACCCAUAAAUCUGAUGGUUGGAGUUUCACCAUGGUUUCGCUGAGUCCUAAAACUUUUUACCUUGAGAUGGAUUCUUUAACCAGUGAGGAAGUUCGGUUUUCUAAAAUUAAUGAUAUGUAGCAGUAAACGAUAUCAUCGUUAUUUAAGAAAUGCUAUUUUUAAAUAAAAAGUUAUGGCAACUUUUUCUUACACAACAAUGCGAAAAAUAUUUGUCAGAAAUCCCACUAAUUCCAUUGGACGCUGCAAGAUGUAUCGUUGUUAUCGCGACCUGUUCGGCUGUUUUGGAAAAUGUGUUCAGCAAAAAAUGUAAUCCCCAAGAAGUGCAGGCGGGACACUUUUUCAGAUUCCAGUGCUUAUUAGAUCAGGAUGAAAACAAUUGGUUGUCAUGCCAAAACCUUCAAAACGUCGUGCUAAUUCUAGUGUAGAAACGAUGUUUGCAUAUUUGGAAACAUAGUAUAGUCAGGCAAGGGU